AUGAAGAAAGUAUUUCAAAAGAAAAUAAAAUUAAAAAUUGAAAAAUCUGAUAAUAACAAUCUAAAGAACAACCAAAAUGAGAAAGAAGGGGGUAAUGAUGAUAAGGCGUCAUCCUCAACUACUAUGAUUGAUUCGUCUUUACAAUAUAAAAAAUUUAAAAAAACCAAAGUAUCAGAUAAAUUUAUCGAGAAAAGAUUAGAAAAAUUGACAAAAAAAAGGAAUAAAAAUAAAAAUAGAUUUAUUUUUGAAAAAAACAAAUUACUUAGUGAUGCAGUUAAAAAUGCAGGAAAGUAUGAUGUUUGGUCAAAAGAAGAAGAAGAUGAUGUUAAUAAUUUUAAAGAUAACGAUGAUGGUGAUUUCUUACAACCUGUUAAAAAAAGAAAGAUUAAAGAACCUCCAACAUUAAAAUUGAAACCAACUGAGAUUAUUCCUGCUGUUCAUAAACCACAUCCUGGUGCUAGUUAUAAUCCAACUUUUGAAGAUCAUCAGUUACUUCUUAAAAUUGCCCAUGAAGAAGAAGUGGAUAAAUUAUUAAAGAAAGAACGCAUCGCAAAGGAACUUCCCCAUUUAGAGCUUAAUGAGAUAAUAGAAACUGUUGAACAAAACACAAUCAAUGCUGAAAAGAAAUUAAUUGAAAAAGAAUUAAUAAGAAAAGAAUUAUCAAAGUUACCAAAGAAAAAAAUUGGAAAAUACAGAGUUCAAAAACUACCAGUUGAAAUUCAAUUACCAGAUGAAUUAACAGGCUCUUUAAGAAAAUUAAAACCUGAAGGUAAUUUAUUUCAAGAUCGUAUGUGUAGUCUCCAAGAACGCAAUAUAAUUGAACCAAGAGUAAAAAUUAGGUAA